GGCAGCAGGUGGAGCACUACUAAGCAUGGAGGACACAGAAGAGGACUACAUGUCUGAUUCCUUUAUUAAAGAUAACCAGGACAUCAGGCCAGGAAUGCCCAUGCUGAGGCGUGUAAAAGAAACUUUUAAAAAAGAAGAAAAACAAAAAGAAUCCAAUCAAAAAAACCGGCAAAAGAGUAUAAAAGAACAGGAACAAGAGCAACGUGAUACUGCUUUAAACAUUGCUUUGGGAAAUGAGAAUAAAGGCUUUGCUAUGCUUCAAAAGAUGGGGUACAAAAGUGGUCAGCCUUUAGGCAAAAGUGGAGAAGGGAUUAUUGAGCCUAUUGCACUGAACAUGAACAAAGGUAGAAGUGGGCUUGGCCAUGAAGAACUGAAAAAACGAAAAGCCGAAGAGAAUCUGGAAAACUACAGAAGAAAACUUCAUAUGCGAAAACAAGCUGAGAAGCAGACUGCUGACCUUUUCAAAUUGCGAAUGAAAACCAAACAGGAGGAAUUGCAAAUAACACGGGACCUGGAGAAAAGCCAGAAAGCCUGCCACCAAUUAGAUAUGCAGAAAGGCCUUGAACUUCCCAGAGAGGUUUGGUUCUGGCCAAGCAGUCAAAAAGAUGUGGAAGAGCAAGAAGAGGAGGAAGAAGAGGAAGAGGAAGAAGAUGACUUAAGUGCAUCAGAUAAAUUACAAAUUUUGACAGCAUAUUUAAGGGAACAUUAUCUCUACUGCAUCUGGUGUGGAACAGCCUAUGAAGAUCAAGAAGAUUUGUCUUCAAACUGCCCAGGAGACACUUUUGCAGAUCAUGAAUAAUGUUCAAAGGGCAAAUCAAGUGUCUGAAAUAUCACAAGAUCUAUAUGGACUAAUAU